UGGUCUUUGGCCGUUGUUGAAGUGUGGGUUGGUGUAUAUAUAUGUCUGCACAGAGUACCAGAGAGCAUUAUCAUUUCAUCCACUGGAUCAGACUAGAAACAUAUGCUUUGGAGAUUUACCUGCAGAAGAGUAUCACAUUUUAAUCUUACAAUGGACUUCUGCUCUGCAUCACAGCAAACCAGAAGCCCCAGCUCAUGGAUCACCCUCUUCCUCCUGUACUCAAUUGUCACCAUGUGCACUAGAGUAGAGGGCUGGUCCUACCAUCACUCCAACAAAACUAUGAACUGGGACACUGCUAGAAAGUGGUGCACGGAGCACUACACUGACAUGGUGGCCAUCCAGAACCGUGGAGAGAUCUCCCACCUUAACAGCAUCCUGCCCAGGCAAACCAACUAUUACUGGAUAGGGAUCCGUAAGGUGGACGACGUGUGGACCUGGGUGGGGACCAAUAAGACCCUGACUAAAGAGGCAGAGAACUGGGCAGACGGGGAACCCAACAACGGGGGGAACAACGAGGACUGUGUGGAGAUGUACAUCAAGAGAGAGAAGGACACAGGGAAGUGGAACGACGAGUCCUGUAUGAAGAAGAAGACGGCUCUGUGCUUCACAGCCUCGUGUCAGAGCGACUCAUGUUACCAUGGAGAGUGUGUGGAGACCAUCAACAGCCACCACUGUAAAUGCUUUGAGGGCUUCUACGGAGAGCAGUGUGAACACGUUGUUGAAUGUAAGAUGGAGGGGGUCACUGUCCCUGCUAAAGCCAGUGUCAGUUGCUCUCACCCCAAUGGGUAUUUCUCCUUUGACUCGACGUGUCAGUAUUCCUGUGAAGAGGGGUACCGGCUGAGCAGCUCCGGGCCUGUGAGAUGCACAGCCUCAGAAUCAUGGUCAGAACAGCCUCCCACCUGUGAAUUGGUCUUAUGCAGUGAGCUGUAUGAACCUGGGAAGGGUUCCAUGGCCUGCUCCCAUCCCCUGGGCUCCUUCAGCUACCUGUCCACCUGUACCUUUACCUGUGAGGAGGGCUAUGAGAGGCUGGCCUCCAGCUCUGCUACCCUGCAGUGUGGAGCCUCGGGACAGUGGAACGACUCACAGUCACAGUGUAUUGCUGUAAGCUGCCCUACCCUCCAGCAGCCACAGGAUGGCGCUAUCAGCUGUGGAGAAGACUUCACCUAUGGAAGCAGCUGUAACUUUAGCUGCUCUGAGGGUUAUCUCCUCAAGGGGGCGAUCACGCUGACCUGCACAUCAGCUGCUGAGUGGAGUGAGGAGAUACCACACUGUGAAGUGGUCUCAUGCAGUGAGCUGUAUGAACCUGGGAAAGGUUCCAUGGCCUGCUCCCAUCCCCUGGGCUCCUUCAGCUACCUGUCCACCUGUACCUUUACCUGUGAGGAGGGCUAUGAGAGGCUGGCCUCCAGCUCUGCUACCCUGCAGUGUGGUGCCUCGGGACAGUGGAACGACUCACAGUCACAGUGUAUUGCUGUAAGCUGCCCUACCCUCCAGCAGCCACAAGAUGGCGCUAUCAGCUGUGGAGAAGACUUCACCUAUGGAAGCAGCUGUAACUUUAGCUGCUCUGAGGGUUAUCUCCUCAAGGGGGCGAUCACGCUGACCUGCACAUCAGCUGCUGAGUGGAGUGAGGAGAUACCACACUGUGAAGUGGUCUCAUGCAGUGAGCUGUAUGAACCUGGGAAGGGUUCCAUGGCCUGCUCCCAUCCCCUGGGCUCCUUCAGCUACCUGUCCACCUGUACCUUUACCUGUGAGGAGGGCUAUGAGAGGCUGGCCUCCAGCUCUGCUACCCUGCAGUGUGGAGCCUCGGGACAGUGGAACGACUCACAGCCGCAGUGUAUUGCUGUAAGCUGCCCUACCCUCCAGCAGCCACAGGAUGGCGCUAUCAGCUGUGGAGAAGACUUCACCUAUGGAAGCAGCUGUAACUUUAGCUGCUCUGAGGGUUAUCUCCUCAAGGGGGCGAUCACGCUGACCUGCACAUCAGCUGCUGAGUGGAGUGAGGAGAUACCACACUGUGAAGUGGUCUUAUGCAGUGAGCUGUAUGAACCUGGGAAAGGUUCCAUGGCCUGCUCCCAUCCCCUGGGCUCCUUCAGCUACCUGUCCACCUGUACCUUUACCUGUGAGGAGGGCUAUGAGAGGCUGGCCUCCAGCUCUGCUACCCUGCAGUGUGGAGCCUCGGGACAGUGGAACGACUCACAGCCGCAGUGUAUUGCUGUAAGCUGCCCUACCCUCCAGCAGCCACAAGAUGGCGCUAUCAGCUGUGGAGAAGACUUCACCUAUGGAAGCAGCUGUAACUUUAGCUGCUCUGAGGGUUAUCUCCUCAAGGGGGCGAUCACGCUGACCUGCACAUCAGCUGCUGAGUGGAGUGAGGAGAUACCACACUGUGAAGCCGUCCAGUGCCCCUCUCCUGUGGUUCCUCUGGGGGGUCAGGUCAGCUGUGAGGCCCCAUCACAUCCCUGGGGCUCUGUCUGCAACUUCAGCUGUGAUGAGGGUUACGAUCACCAGGGGGCCCCAAACAUGCAGUGUUUACGAUCAGGGGAGUGGAGCGCUGAAACACCUACCUGCACAGCCACACCUGAGCCUCCAUUGAACCCCACUAUCCUAGGCCUGGCAGCAGGGGGCGCUGUGUCAUUAUCUGGCCUGUCUCUGGCUGCAUGGCUCCUCAAACGAAUCAGACAGAAAGCUAACAAGUUUGAUCUGAACAGCACCUCAGACAUUGAGGAACCUUUACAGACCUACAGGAACAGCAUCGACAGCCUGAUAUAGAGACCAACAACAAUAACAGCAGGAACAACAGCAGGAAUAACAGCAGGAACAACUGCAGGAACAACAGCAGGAACAACUGCAGGAAUAACUGCAGGAACAGCAGCAGGAUUAACAGCAGGAACAACAGCAGGAACAACAGCAGGAACAACAGCAGGAACAACAGCAGGAACAACAGCAGGAACAGCAGCAGGAACAACAGCAGGAACAGCAGCAGGAACAACAGCAGGAACAACAGCAGGAACAACAGCAGGAACAACAUCAGGAACAACAGCAGGAACAACAGCAGGAACAACAGCAGGAACAACAUCAGGAACAACAGCAGGAACAGGCUGGCUCUGUUUUCAAAGAACAUGUGCUGGUCACACCUGGAUCACAGUUCCUCAGUAUUGUAAUGUAGUAGGUUAGAUAGCCUUGAAUGGUCUGACUGGGAGAGAGGUGCUCCGUUGAGUAUACAGAAUCAUCUGUUCUCAUGAUGGUCCGACAGAAAAGGUCUUUUUUCUCCCUAAGGGAGUUUUGUCUUGAACAAAUUGUUCACCACAAGUCGACACAUUUCUUAUGAUACUGAUUUUGACAGCUAUUUUAUACAAACUACAGAAAGUUGUAUAUAAUAUUCCCCUGUAUAAUUCUUUGUAUUAUAAUUAAUAUAAUUUAAUGAUUUUACAGAACUGUGAAAUCAAUGCCUUUCAGUAUUUAAGUUAUAUUUAUUUUGAAACCACAGUCUGUGUGUUACAGAAUUACAAGUGUCUUUUUAAAUAUAAUAAAUGUUUCAAACAUG